UCGAUUCAAAGAUGCAGCACGACGACGUGAUAUGGCAAGUCAUCAGGCACGACCACUGCAGUUUCAUGGCCAAAAUUACCACCGGAAUAUUUUGCAGAAACCCUUAUAAUGUUACGGGCAUCUGCAAUCGGAGCUCCUGUCCUCUGGCCAACAGCCGGUAUGCUACGAUUCGAGAUCAUGAGGGCGUGUUCUACCUAUAUAUGAUAAUACUAUUGAAAAGGGCUCUAUGCAAACAAGCUGUGCGGAAAGAGUUAAGCUUCCCAGAAGACUAUGAAAAAUACGGCAUAUUAGAGCAUAUUGGACAAACCAUUUGGUUGUAUCUUGGAAGAGAUAAUAUAACACAAUCCUUUUUUCUUCUUCAGGAAUUCUGGCCGAAGCUUCUUGUUCACAAGAUCAAGCAACGACUAACGAAAAUGACACAAUAUCGCAUACGCAUGAGGAAGCUUGAAUUGAAAGUGAGGGAGAAGAUAAUGACAGUUCCUAGAAAAGAGAAAAAGAGAGAAGCUAGGAGGGAGGAAAAGGCUGAAAAAGCUGCAAUUUUGGAAAAGAGUAUUGAGAAAGAACUGUUGGAACGAUUGAAGAAAGGUGUUUAUGGUGACAUAUAUAACUAUCCUGUACUAGAGUAUAAUAAAGUUCUUGACAUGGAAGGUGGUGAAGAGAAAGAAGUUGAGGAAGAAGAUGAAGAGGAGCCUGAAAUAGAAUAUGUCGAAGGUUAUGAUGAACUUGAAGAAGAACAAGAGGAAGAAGAUAUAGAAGAUUUUACUGGUUUUAUGAAGGACGUGUCUCUAAAGGGAAAUGAUUUUGAUGAUGAUGAGGCAGAGCCAUCCGAAAAAUCAACCGUGAGGAAAAGAACUAAAGGAUCAGAUUUAGAUAAGGUCGAUGAUGAUGCUCGUGCUACCAAGUUGAAAAGAAAGGGAAGAGUGACUAUAGAGUUUGAACACGAUGAAGAUUUGGGAGAUAAACAAUCUGCUUGUUUGAGAGCCUGAUGUGGUUACUGUAUGUCCAAGUGAUGAUCAAAUUAGUCGACAGCCUGUGCUUCAUGGCGGCCGCAAGGGAUGGAUGAGUUCUGCAAGCGACCUACUUAGAUCGACCUUUGAAGGACAAUUUUGUAGUUGAUGUAGUGUGCUAAAAUGUACUGGUC